AUGAAAGCAUUGACGCAGCUGAGCGUCGGAAUCUACACUCCUCGUUUACUGUCGCCUCCGCCGCCUUCGAAGAAACCGCAUUUCAGUCCAUACGCUGCCGUGAGCGGCGGCCCGGCCACCAGCAAAUGGGCGGAUCGCCUUAUCGCGGACUUUCAAUUCCUCCCCUCGACUUUGGAUAAUUCCGACGUCGCGACGUCUUCACCGCCGGCUCCUCUCCCUCCUCUUCCAGAGCGCCAGAUGUCGAUGCCGCUGGAUUUCUAUCGUAUCCUUGGCGCCGAACCGCAUUUCCUCGGCGACGGCAUUCGACGAGCCUACGAUGCUAGGGUUUCAAAGCCGCCGCAGUAUGGAUACAGCAACGAGGCGCUAAUUAGUCGGCGGCAGAUUCUUCAAGCUGCUUGUGAAACCCUAGCAAACCCUAGUUCUCGCAGGGAGUACAAUCAGGGCCUCGCGGAUGAUGAAUUUGAUACGAUUCUCACUCAAGUGCCCUGGGAUAAGGUUGCUGGAGCGCUGUGUGUUCUCCAAGAGUCUGGUGAGACAGAAUUAGUUCUUCAAAUUGGGGAAAACCUGUUGAAGGAAAGGCUGCCAAAGUCAUUCAAGCAGGAUGUGGUAUUGUCAAUGGCACUUGCUUAUGUUGAUUUAUCCAGGGAUGCCAUGGCACUAACACCUCCAGAUUUUGUAAGAGGUUGUGAAGUUCUUGAGAUGGCCCUCAAGCUGCUGCAGGAAGAAGGUGCAAGCAACCUUGCCCCUCACUUGCAAGCACAGAUUGAUGAGACACUAGAAGAAAUCACACCUCGCUGUGUCCUCGAGCUCUUAUCUUUACCACUAGAGGCUGAGUACAAGUCGAGAAGAGAUGAAGGUCUGCAAGGUGUGCGAAAUAUUUUAUGGGCUGUGGGAGGAGGAGGUGCAGCGGCAGUCGCCGGUGGAUUUACACGUGAAGAUUUUAUGAAUGAGGCAUUUCUGCGGAUGACAGCUGCAGAGCAGGUUGAUCUGUUUGCCACAACCCCAAGUAACAUACCUGCUGAAAGUUUUGAAGUUUAUGGAGUGGCACUUGCUUUAGUUUCACAGGCCUUCCUAGGCAAAAAGCCUCAUCUCAUUAAGGAUGCAGACAAUUUAUUUCAACAACUUCAGCAGACCAAGAUUUCAUCUGUGGGGAGCUCUCUACCUGCCCAUAGUGUCCAAGAAAACCGAGAAAUUGAUUUUGCCCUUGAAAGGGGCCUUUGUUCUCUUCUGGUUGGUGAGGUUGAUGAGCUCCGUUCCUGGUUGGGCUUGGACAGAGAAGACUCCCCUUACAGAGAUCCAUCCAUUGUUAACUUUGUUGUAGAACACUCACUGGAUGAUGAAGAAAAUGAUCUCCUUCCUGGACUAUGCAAACUAUUGGAGACAUGGCUGAUGGAGGUUGUAUUUCCUAGAUUUAGAGAAACCCAAGAUAUCAAUUUCAAGCUAGGAGAUUAUUAUGAUGAUCCAACAGUCUUGAGAUAUUUAGAAAGGCUGGAAGGUGUUGGACGUUCUCCUUUGGCAGUGGCAGCAGCUAUAGCUAGAAUUGGAGCUGAAGCUACUGCUGCUCUUGAUAAUGUGAAGGUUAGCACACUUCAGGCACUGCAGAAAGUUUUUCCUCUUGGUAAUGCAGAAAAGACUGUCAGACGUUUUGAGGAGAACGUGAUAAAAGGUCCUGGUCUACCGGUUGAGAUUGAGGAGCAAGGACUUAAUUUCAAUCAAGAGGAUUAUCACACUGAUGGAGUUCCCGAAAUGGUUCAUUCUGAUGGGCAAGAGAUCAAUACCGACUAUAUAAAAAAUGCAACUGUAAAGAUCACAUGUGCGGGAGUAGCAGUAGGUUUACUGACUUUAGCUGGGUUGAAAUUCCUUCCUAUUCGCAAUGGCUCCUCCAAUCUACCUAAAGACUCCUCCAAAGUAGCUAUGUCUUCCAGUGUCAUCAAUGUGGAACCCUCUCUGGUAGAAAGUCUUGAAGACGUACCUCGAAUGGAUGCAAGAUUUGCCGAAGCCCUUGUGUGCAAGUGGCAAAAUAUCAAGUCCCUAGCUCUUGGCCCUGAUCACAAUCUUGAAACAUUGUCUGAGGUAUUGGAUGGCCAAAUGCUUAAAAUCUGGACUGAUAGAGCUAUGGAAAUUGCACAACAUGGCUGGUUCUGGGACUACAAACUUUUGAACCUUAACAUCGACAAUGUAACUGUAUCAAUGGACGGCCGGCGUGCUAUUGUGGAAGCAACCCUGGAGGAGUCAGCACAGCUGACCGAUGUUGCUCAUCCUGAGAACAACGAUUCAUAUAGUACGACUUACACGACCCGGUAUGAGAUGAUGUGUGGUAAUUCAGGUUGGAAAAUUGUGGAGGGGGCUGUGCUUAAAUCUUGAUCCAUAUGUUGAUACUCUGUGAUCUUAUAAAUCCAAAGUUUUACAUACCUCCAUGCAAGCUGAUUUAUGUACUUCUUGGGAUUAAGUCACCUUCAUAUAUCUCUUAAGUCUUUUUUCAGAA